CUGAAAGUGAAAAAAUCGUCGCCUAUAAAAUCACAAACAAGUUCUCUCAUCUUCUUCACUACUCAAAUCUUUCUUCUCAUAUCAAGAAAGAAAAAAAAAAGAACAAAACAACUCGAAGAGUCUCCAGAUCCAAAGAAAAGAUGAUCUCAGUGGUGAUUAUUACUGAGCUACUAGUGGAGUACACGACGGCUCUCGCUAAACUCACCGCCGGUAUUCUCCCACGGCGUACCGGCGAUAGAAACGCCUUAAGGAUCGGCGGUUUCCUCAUUCCUGCUCCUUCCUCAACAUCUUCGACCAUUCCUGACUUCUCUUCUCAUCUCGUCGACUUCUGAUGAUUUCUACUCGAUGAGAAGUGGCUGAGGAUUUUUACAGAGUGUUCUCCUAGUCUUCUCUCUCUCUCCCUCUCUUGGUUUUGAAUCGUAUAGAGCUUUUGUGGAUCCGUAUCUAAUUUUAUAUAUAGAGAUGACUUUUGUUACUCGUGAUCUGUGAUAAUACUAACUAUGUUUAUGGUAACGAAGAAGAUCUUCCAUUCA